ACGUGCCCGGGCGCUCGGCGCUCAGUCGCUAGUGAGCAGCCGUGGCCGCCGUGUCGCCCGCCCGGCCGUCCGCCGCCGCCGCCGCGCCGACAGCGACAGGUGGCGCCGACGCCCGCCGCCUGCGCGCUCCGCUCGCCCGACCCGCUCGCUCGCCUCGCCACCACUAUUCAUACGGCCGGCUUCAACAUCAAACUUAAAUAUUAAGCUUUGCAAUAAAUCACUGUGCAGUGUUAAUUGUUUCAUCAAGAAAAUGAUAAUAAAUUGGUGGUUGUGUGUUGAUCAUAUAUAAAAAUGCUACGGAACUUUGGCCAGUUUUGAAAAUACUUUGUUACGUGAAACAUUUGUACAGGGAGGUGUCACAGGCGAGUGGUUGUGGAGGGCGCGUCGCGGACCAUGUCGCGGCGAUGACGCGGCGCGCAGCGCGCGGCAUGCCCUGCUGACAUGGCACGCAGCCGCUCCGCCCUCCUCACGCUGGCAGCUAUCGCAGCACUCGCCGGGUGUUGUGUGUGCGCUCCGCAAGGGAGUGUGCAGGGCGGCGUACAAGGAGGCGCGCAAGUGCCGCCCGGAGUGCCGCACUCCACCGCGCCUCCGGCAGGAGUCGGCGGCGUCCGAAGGUUCAGUCAAUAUUCCAGAGGCAGAGGGUACCGCGACUGGCGCACACGGGGCGACCCCACGCUCAUCAACUCACUCUGGCGCAGCCGGCAGCCGCUAGGAAUACGCAAGCAACUCGGGAACGCCGAGGUAUACAUAAUACUAGCGCUGCUGAUCGGCUUCGUGACCGUUGUGGUGGGGUGCUGGCUCUCCGACAACUGCUGGUCGCCGGAGCCGGAGGACGUGCUGGCUGGCGGGUGACCCGUGGCGGCGGGCGCGUGCACGCACGUGUAGCGCCCGCCGUCCGCGGCCGCGGACAGCCCGUCCGGCGCGGGCUCGCUGUCGCCGGUGCUGCCGCCGCGCGCGCCCCCGCCGGCCCGGGCGCCCGCCUUCCUGCACGCCGCGACGCACCUCUGCCGCGGUGGCUGCCUCGCGCUCCCAUGCGACACGAGACAACAGCCUCCCGUUUUUUGACAGGAGUCUUCGCACCACUCCUGCCGGCUGCACGAAAAGACUAAUGGGAAUCAUAUUCCUACUAUUGCAAACGGUGGAGUGUGCGAUCAUUAACUCGUGAUAAGCUAACUGAACAUUUUCUAACGGUCGCUCCUUUUCGUAUAAAUCGGGUUGUGUAAGUGGAAAGUGUUCGUGACUACUCGUGUAAAUGGUGAUACUGUGCAGGUAAAACUUUUGAGGAACUCUAAGAGCUUUGAUUUCAAUUUUUAUGUAUUAACACGAUAGUUACAAUGUAAAGACAUUAUAGGGUAAUUUCGAAGAUGGUACUAGUCGAUGUACUUUGUAUCGGUAGCCGAGCGCUCGGGAUUAGUACUAGGAGGUUCAUUGUGUAUUACUGAAUCUUAUCGUAGGCUACGCUUCUAGCGGUCGCUCUGAUUUCAACUCAUCUGACGUAACCUUACCUGACGGUGGUACAGCUACGUUUUCCAUCUGUACCACCCUCCUAUUGUUUCUAAAAGUAUGUGCCUUGAAACGCUUUCCUCGACUUGACUCGUAGUUUAGAGCGUGUUUUGAACCAUUUAGAAGAAAUUUCUUCUCUCUGUCUGUACGGACAAGUAAUCCCAUAAGUGCAAUACACAUCAUGACCGUGCCUUUACCGUUCUAUAGACUUUGAGAGGGACGUAAUUAACAAUAGGUUUUAAAAAUACGCUUUCCUCGUUUGAGGAUCAACCUACCAACGAUUACUUUUGUAUUUUUGUAAAAUAUCCAGCUUGUUUUAUUGUUUUGUGGUAAUUAAGACGCAGUUAAUAGUGUAGAGGAAAGUGACUUAGGACCAAGAAGUCUUAAUAAACGUGCGUCAAUUGAAUAUUAAUAAUCUAUUCGGAAUUACCAUCGCAAUAGGAUAAGACACAACAUUGAGAGACAACGACAUGGGUAUUUGACUAAAAGUAGAAUUUUGAUAUUUGUUUCGCAAUGUUUGCAUUAUUGUUGACAAUUACCGCAGAAAUCGUCGUCGAUACCUGACUACGUUCUAUGCCUACUUAGUCUUACCCAUACCUUUCUCGCGCAUAAUUCAUGUGAAGUAGUCUAGUGUCAAGCGUGUAGAUGAAUACAUUCUAAACAGUAAAAUGUACAAUACUUUAGUAGAUACGAGAUAAUAAAACACAACGAGUAAGAGAAUAAUAAAGACAUCUAAGAAUAGCAAAUAAAUUCGGUGUAUUCUGUAGCGUUGGACGCGGAGAAGCAUCACAACAGAACUCAUCCAAGACACGACUAUUGUGCGAAGACUGCGCUGUAAUUCUUUGCACACGCGGACUUACUCCAGUGUGCUCUCAGUUUUGUUUACGAGCGUGGCGCAAACUUUUAAAUUACGAAAUAUUACCCAUCUUCAUUCGUUUCAUCUAUUUUUCUGUUGCGUAGUUACCUUUUCUAUAUAACCUACUAUACGUCUUGUACAGCAUUUAUAAUGUAAGGUCGAAUCUAGAUUAGUAAGCAAAUAAACCGGUAGAUAAACCUUAGACGCUUUUGUGUAUUAAAUCACUGCAAUCCAGUUACUGUAAAUAUGUAAGCACUAACGUAUGUAUACAAUAAAAGUAAAAGUCAAAUUUAAUUAAUUAUACGAAUACCCAGUUUUGAAUUAAUAUAUUAUGAAAUGAAAGUGAUACAACUGCUUUUUAAAUAGUAAUGUUUCCGUCGCUCAGGAUACGAGCUAUGUAUGUGAAUGUGAGAUUUAAGGGAUGUACAUUAUACGUUCAUAAUUAGAUAUAUAUGUUUCCUCUUAACAUAAAUUGAGCACAAAAUGUACUGUCUAAAUGUUGAAUUGUGUAUGUGUACUUUUCGUUGUAAGCACGGAUAAAUUAUGUAAAUACUAUUGACAAAGGAUGGCAUACUCAUUAAGAAAUACACACUAACUCAGUUUGUAAAGGCUCUGUGAUCUCGUAUUUCUUUUCCUAGUUGUGUUAUUCAUAUAGCCUGCUAGUCCCAUUCAUGAAUAUGUAGUCGAACAUACAUAUGUCAACGUCAACACUAAAGUAUCAUAAGUAGUUAUAUACAUUUACGUUGAAUUCUCGUGGUAGUGAUAUUUGUAAUUCUAAGACACAUAAUGUGUAAGUUGUGUGUUUAGUAUACCCAUUAAAUUUAAAUAUUCGUCGUAGAGUUAAGGAACCCGACUGAAUAGUCAAAAUUUUUAAGCAUUAUGUAAAUUGUAGUUAGGCGGUAGACGGUUAUAGAUAAACGUUUUACUCGAAUAAUUGCGAACCGAGGAUUAAUAUACUGAAUGAACUUGAUUCACUGUUGGCCAGACAUGUUUGUAUUCACCUCAUUCACACUAAGUACCAUUAUGGCAUUCCCGCGCACAAUCGGAAUAACACGAAGUAACCGCCUGUCAAAUUGUAGCGACAUUUUACAAUAGAAUGAAUGAAAUAUUGCAACAAAUUCUUUAGAACCGGUCGGGAAAAUAUUUUCUCGCAUCUUCAAUAUAAGUCAUGUCUCAACGUCUACAAUUUAAGAGGCAGUUCCUUCAGCAUACUUUGUCAAGACAAUGUCCGUGUCAUUUUGCUAAUUAAACAUUUUAAUGUACAGUCAGUGAAGUUAUUUGGUAUGUAGAUAGGAAAAUAAAGAUUGAUCGAGUACAGAAGUAGCUGUUCACAUUCGUCGGUUUUAGUAGCCAACUGAUGAUUCACUAAAGAUUGCUUUAAAAACGUACUACUUAGUAUCAAAACAACUACUGCAUUUUUCAAUCUUUAUUUUUUUUCUUUGCAAACCAAAUUACUUGGCCGACUGUACCAUAGAUUUUGUAUUGAAUGUGAAUUAUAAGUAUUACCAAAAAUCAUAUUAUAAUUUGCCAAAUGUAAGCGUUUUUUUAUGAACUUUAUAUACAUUUUUAAUAAUAAAUUAUUAAUUAAUUAAUUAAUGCAUAGAAUUUUAAUUCCAUUACGAUCAAAGUAAUAGAUCAAUAAUAUUUUUGAGGUAUAUAUAAUUCAUAAUGUUUACUGAUAAAUAAUUAUUGAACGGGUAAUGUUACUCUAAUGACCUCUCAAUAAUAUUAUCAAUAGCAGUCAUUUUAAUACAUAUAAACUACUUAAAUCGAUUAGACUAGUAAGUAACAAUAAUGGCAAUUAAAUCCUGUAUUGUAAACCGUUUUGUAACAAAGUGUUGUCAAGUCAAAGCAGAGAUUUGUACCCGCAGACUGAGGUUGCACAGAUAAAGAGAAAGAGUAAGAAAGAUUUCCUUUAAUAAAUUCAGAUAAUAGCGUCUUAAAAAUGUAAAAGUAAAAUACAAAUAUUAAGCAAUAAACGCAAAUAUUAAACAAUAUUCCGACGAACUCUAACAACUUUAAUGUUCCAUUCAUUUCUCGAAACACUCUGUAGUACAUUUUAACGUCCGUCACAAUUAACAACAUCAUGUACACAACCUCAGCCUGCACUAAAUGAAUAUCAAUAAAUGGAAACUGCAACUCAUUUACCAGUUCAAAAUGAUAGGAACACAGUGUAUUUUAUAACGACAUAUGUAUGAGUAUAAUUAAGUACACGACGUUAUUACUAUAUACUUACAUCUGGUACAUAAGUCACGUUUUAUGUGAAUAUUGUAAAUAUUCGAGAAAUCAUGCGAUUGUUCGGUCACGUUGAAGGUCUGGUGGGCUUGGCUGAUUUAGGAAUUGAGAGAACUCAUACGCUCAAUACUUAGUAAUUAUUAUAAUAAUUGAUGUAGGUAUUGUCAUUAUUUGUCACGAAUAAAUUAAAAUAAAUGUAAUAACUUAAUC